CUUGGUAAUGCAUUACCCAAACAGACAUGGUGGCCAUGAGUGUGUUACGGACGGCGGUGGCCGUCGCAGCUAGAUUAAACCCUUUGAAACGGGCAAAUCACUCGUUGGGUCUACUUUCCAGGGCAGUGGUUUGCUCUGAACAAGUUGCUGUGCGUUAUGGAAGUCACGGGAAGAGGAUGUUUGUCAUCAAACCUACCAAGUUCUAUGACAAAAGAUUUUUACAUUUACUGAAAUUUUACAUACUACUUACUGGGAUCCCCACUGCAGCAUUUGUCACCUUUGUGAAUGUUUUCAUUGGGGAAGCUGAGUUGGCUGAAAUUCCUGAGGGCUAUGAACCAGAGUACUGGGAGUACUACAAGCAUCCCAUUACUAGAUGGAUUUCCCGAAAUAUCUAUGACAACCCAGUGAAAGACUAUGAGAAGGUGAUGGCACUUAUUCACAUUGAGGCUGAGAAGGCUGAAAUGAGACUAAGAGAACUGGAGGUUAGGAGACAAAUGAGAAGCAAAGGAGAUGGCCCAUGGUUCAUUGUUGAGACGCUUGACAAGAAUUUGAUUGACCAGUCCCAUAAAUCAACACCUGAUGAUUAACUGUGGUUGAUCACCUGGUACCCAUCUCAUGGAAGCAGUCAGAAUUAUACAAUGUAUAAUUUAUGUUGAUAUUUGUGCAGAUAUAUUUGUGUUCUUUUUGACUUUGACACCAAUAAAGUGUAAUAGCCCUAAA